CAACAAACGUCACUCUUGUUUAGUCACCAAGGACUUUCUGCACGGGAGUGGAACCCAGCUCGAUUUGCCUGGUCCGAAAGUAGUGGCUGGGAUUUGCAUUUAACGGAGGCAAGUGUAACCAUGUUCAGCCGUAUAUGGGGUGGAUCCAUAGCUUGUACUGUAGCUUCAUCCAUAUCUGCAAAUGAAAACGUGAACGUUCCUCAUACCGUGUCAGUCAUAACAUCGGAAUACUUCAUCACUCCAAGAAUCGUUUUGGGGAGACGGUGAAAAGCUCCUUGCGGCUGUUGUGUUCGUAUACAUCUGCAGAGGUGGUAGGCGGAGGCUGAAAGAAGACAAAGAUUUCACUGGCAAGAGUGAAGCAGAUGACAAUGAAGCGAAGAAAGAUCGUCGUAGCUGGUGGAUUUUGCCUGUCUUUCUUUCUGGGUACUCUGAUGAAUUUAUUGUUUAUUCCCGGCUUCGACCACCACCAGAGUCACCGCGGACGGGUGCACAGAUUCUACCAGGAGCAGCAGCUCCUUGCAGACGGUAGGCAGCUUCAAAUCAACGAUCCCGUCGCCGCAGAGGCUGUCGAGGGGUACACAGAGCCCACAAGCAGCAGCCUACAGCAGAAUGACCUCCAGCAGCAGAUCCGAGAGAGAUACGAAGAGGUGCUAAGGUACCGAGAGCGCCAGGCGUCUUGGUCGGGGACUGGCAACCCAGUUCGGCCCCUAGAGAGGCGGAGGCUCAUGGACCUCGCUCAGCGCAACAGCUACGAAUCCCAUAAAGAAACAGAGAAAUCCAGCAAUCGAUAUGCGUAUACUCAGCACCUUUCUCCUUUAGCAUCUCUGUACCUCAAGUCACAAAGGGAAUUUGACGUGAUUCCCGGGACCCGUAACGGUACGCAGUUCCUUGGCUGCAAUAGCAUAGACAAUGUAACCAACGUGCAGUAUCUCGGCUCCGGCUACACCAAGGCUGUAUACAAGGCAGCUCUGAACGACACUUUGUCGGUGGCUCUGAAAUCCGUAGAUUUCGGGGGACACGAUAUGGAAAAUUGCGUGAAGAAAUAUGACUCGACUGAAGAUUGUUACAGACUUGCGUCGUUCAAAAUUGUUAAAGAAAUGACGCUGAUGGAGCGACUACAGCACCCCAACAUUUUGAAGCUGUACGGAUACUGCUACCAGGACAGCAAUGACAUUCGGGACACGGUGACCGCGAUCACCGAGCUCGGCAGCCCUCUGGAGAUGAUCCAGCUGCUGCAGACUUCAUGGGAGGAGCGGUUCCGGAUCUGCCUGAGCCUGGUGCGGCUGCUCCAUUACCUGGCACACUCUCCACUGGGGUCCGUCACACUGCUGGACUUUCGGCCUCGGCAAUUCGUGCUGGUGGGUGGCGAGCUGAAGGUGACGGACCUGGAUGAUGCCAGCGCCGAGGAGGCGGCCUGCUCCGCUGCUGCCGACUGCUCCAUGGAGUUCCCUGCACGGAACUUCACCCUGUCAUGCCACAGGGGGCGCUGCGUGGGCAUCAACGAGAAGAGAAAUUUGUACAACGCCUACCGAUUUUUCUUCACUUACUUGCUUCCACAUAGUGCCCCCCCAGUCCUGAGGCCCCUCUUAGACAAGAUUGUCAAUGCCACAGGAGAGCUCGCCUGGGGGGUGGACGACACUCUGAUCCACUUGGAGAAGGUCUUCCACCUGUACAGCAAAGGACUCUACCUCCAGAAUAGCACACAGCUGCAUAGAGCAGAGUAUAAGCGCGUGCCCAACGCUGCCAUCGCGGGCGAGAACUACCGCUGCUGGCCAUCCUAUCAGCACGAGGGCUGCCUGCUUUCCGUCUUCAGCGUCCAGGAGGCCAUCGCUGUCUGUGAAAGCCAUGCCCAGUGCCACGCCUUCGUCAUGACUAACCAGACCACCUGGACGGGACACCGGCUCGCGUUCUUCAAGACGGGCUCGGCCGGCCUGUGCCCCGCGCCGGGCGGGGUGGCGUACGUGCGGGUGAGCGGCUGAAAAUGAGGGGAGACACACACUGGCACCAGCGUUACAAGGACAGAAUGGACUGAACCACGCUGAUGGCCCUGGGGGGCACAAGGGUUGGGGGAGAACUCCUUCCCCGACCAUCCUGGGACAUCCUCUCAAGAGGCCAGUGGGACUUCCUGUCACGAUGCAGACCCAUGUGCAAUAACACCCACCUCGCAAUGUGACUUUUCGGCGUCAUCCAAAUCUGUCUUUUGUCAACUUUGUGUAUGUCUCCCCCUAGAAAGGUCAGAGAGUGAAGGAAGAGUGCAGAAGUUAUCCGGGCACAGGGUAUUAUUAGGAUAGGGGCUGGAGGGAGUGUUGUGUCCCGUCCUGUCUCCCCCCCCGAUUCUGGCUACGUUAGCAGCUGGAUGGUGAGCAGACUGACCCCAGAAUCGACACUCGCCCCAAAGGCCGCUCGUGUUCUAACCAAAGUUAGGGUUUGUUCCAUCCGAAUGAAGAUUUUUGGUCACGUUCGAAAACGCGCCUGAUUCUUCGGACAGUCUUGCCAUUGUAGCACUCGCUUUUUGACCGAAUAAGAAUUUUUUUUUCUUUCAAUUCUCCUGCUAUUCCUCCCAGCUGUUUUUCAAAAAAUCAGCUGGGAUGGGAGCUGUGGAAUAUUCUGGAAGAGCUUCUACUGGGGGGAGGCAAAGCUUUUCCUUCCCAGGUGUUUGCUGUAUUUUUGGGUCUCACGCCGGUUUCCUCAUGUGGGGGAAUCUGAGAGGAGGCUGAAAAUGGUUAAUCGAAUACUUUCCAAAGGAAAUAUGAAAAGUACAUCAGACUCAGCGGAGUGGAGUGCUAAGAGAGAUUUUCGCUUUCAGUGAAAGCACAGGCGGUGGAAAGAUCGGAUAAUGAUGCAUCGAGAUUGCUGAGAUUUCAUGGUGUGCUUGUUUUUGCUUCUGUUAAUAUGUGAGCGUAUGAUGACGACAGUGAUGAUGUUUGAUUAAAUUAAUAUUUUUAUAUGGAAAAAUAAAAGCAUGUCAGUGCUUUACUGGU